ACUAAAAUACGUACUUACGUACAUACACAUGUAUAUAUGUCACGACGAUCAGCUGUAGCGAUGUUUACAUUUGUUGGCAUCCUCGACGACGGUGUAUCGCGUGGUGGUGCCGCGGCCACUGGCCAGUUCCUUACGGCCUUUCGAACGGUCGGUAUCGCUUUCGUCGGACGGUUCCUUAAUUCCUAAUCCCCGUUGCUAAUCGUUUCGCGUGUUUACGGUGAAAGUUUCACAGAGAUACAAAGUGUGACGUGGUGAAUGUGUCAAAUGUGUUAUCACUGGUCUAAUAAUCGAAAGAAAUCGGAUAAAACGUAACUCGCAUUCAGGAUGGGGGGGUUGUUCAAGAGCGAGCAAAUGGCCCUCUGCCAGCUGUUCAUUCAGCCAGAGGCAGCCUAUCUUUCCGUUUCCGAACUCGGGGAAACGGGUACGGUCCAGUUUCGUGAUCUCAACGGCGAUUUGAACUACUUUCAACGAAAAUUCGUCAACGAGGUGCGCCGUUGCGAUGAAAUGGAACGAAAACUUCGAUACAUCGAGGCUGAAGUGAAGAAGGACGGAGUGAUGAUCAUUGACGACCUCACGGAACUACCACGGGCACCGAAUCCUCGUAUGAUCAUAGAUCUCGAGGCCCAUCUCGAGGAAACGGAGAACGACAUAUUAGAGCUGAGCCAAAACGCGGUGAACCUGAAGAGUAACUACCUCGAGUUGACGGAAUUACGGCAUGUGCUCGAGAAGACUCAAGUGUUUUUCACGGAGAAGAAUCAAGAUUCGUAUCUUCUUCUAUAUCAACAGGAAGAGGCCAAUGACUCGAUCACCAGGACGCUAAUUAACGAGGAAGCACAGAAUCCAAGCGCGUCAAGUCGGGGACGUCUCGAAUUCGUUGCUGGGGUAAUAAACCGGGAACGAGUACCGUCUUUCGAGAGAAUGCUGUGGCGAAUAUCACGUGGAAACGUAUUUCUACGUCAAGCUGAGCUCGAUAAGCCAUUAGAAGAUCCAGCUACUGGUAAUCAGAUUUUUAAAACGGUGUUCGUCGCGUUUUUCCAAGGGGAGCAGCUGAAGAGCCGUAUCAAGAAGGUUUGCACUGGUUUCCACGCGUCUAUAUACCCGUGUCCGCAUAAUCACGCGGAUCGCGAGGAAAUGGUCAAAGGCGUUCGAACGAGGCUCGAAGAUUUGAACCUGGUUUUAAAUCAAACGCAAGAUCAUCGUCAACGUGUGCUACAUAACGUUGCCAAGGAAUUGCCCAAUUGGAUAAUCAUGGUGCGAAAGAUGAAGGCAAUUUAUCACACGAUGAACCUAUUCAACAUGGACGUGACGAAAAAGUGCCUUAUAGGAGAAUGUUGGGUACCUAUAGCGGAUCUCACCAUUGUCAGAGACUGCCUUAACGAAGGAUCGCGUCUGUGCGGUAGCACGAUACCGUCUUUCCUCAAUGUUAUCCACACAAACGAAAAUCCUCCGACGUUUAACAGGACGAACAAGUUCACCAGGGGGUUCCAAAAUUUGAUCGACGCUUACGGCGUGGCGUCGUACCGUGAAGCUAAUCCAGCCCCAUACACGAUUAUCACUUUCCCAUUCUUGUUUAGCGUCAUGUUUGGCGAUUGUGGACACGGUUUUAUCAUGACCCUGUUCGCUGUAUAUAUGAUCGCGACGGAGAAGAAGCACUUGGCGCGAAAGACGUCGUCCGAAAUUUGGAAUAUGUUCUUCUCCGGCCGUUACAUUAUACUUCUCAUGGGUUUGUUUUCCAUUUACACUGGCAUCAUCUACAAUGACCUGUUCUCAAAGCCAUUAAACAUAUUCGGGUCUAGUUGGAACGUAACGCGCUUUAAGCCAGCCCUAGAGAAUAUCAAAGUAACCGAUUUUACUUUGACGCCGAAUGAGGAUUACGUGCAAACGCCUUAUCCAAUGGGCAUGGAUCCCGGCUGGAUAUUAGCCGAGAACAAGAUAAUAUUCUUGAAUUCGUACAAAAUGAAGCUGUCGAUCAUCUUCGGUGUCGUGCACAUGAUCUUCGGCGUGUGCAUGAGCGUCGUUAACAUUACAAAUUUCAAGAGAUACUCGAGCUUAUUCCUCGAAUUCUUGCCACAGUUACUUUUCCUCGUUUUCUUAUUCUUCUACCUGGUAGUUUUGAUGUUUGUCAAAUGGGUCAUCUAUGACGCUACUUCGGAAGAUGAAAGGUACACCCCCGGGUGUGCACCAUCAGUUUUGAUUACGUUUAUUAACAUGAUACUGGCGGGCGAGGAGCAGCCGACGGAGAGUUGUUCACCCUACAUGUAUCCGGGUCAAUUUAUUCUUCAGAAAAUGCUUUUCGGACUCGCGCUUCUGUGCGUGCCGGUGAUGCUUUUCGGGAAGCCGCUUCUUUUCCUGUUCAGGAAGAAACGACAGGAGAGAAGAAUCGUGGGCAACGGGACACCAUCGCAAGACAUCGAGUUGCAAACCGAGGGUCUACAAAAUAAUACGGCCAUCGACAGUGAAACGACUGACCAUCACGAAGUCGAAACGUUCGGUGAAAUCAUGAUACUUCAGGCCAUUCAUACUAUAGAAUACGUUCUCUCAACAAUAUCACACACUGCCUCUUAUCUACGUCUGUGGGCAUUGUCGUUGGCCCAUGGACAACUAUCCGAAGUAUUGUGGAGCAUGGUGUUAAGGAAGGGUUUCGGCGAUCCUACCGAUUUCUUUUAUCUACGAAGCGUUAUGUUAGUUUGCGUUUUCGCUGCUUGGGCCUUUUUCACCAUUUCCAUCCUCGUGCUGAUGGAAGGGCUCUCAGCUUUCCUUCAUACCCUUCGGCUUCAUUGGGUGGAAUUUAUGAGCAAAUUCUACGACGGCCGGGGCUACCCGUUUCAACCGUUUUAUUUCAAAACUAUCUUAGACGCCGAAGACCCCGAAGAUCAUUAGACCGCCGCUGUGAUUCUCAGCAAUAAUUGUCGUUUAGAUUUCUAUCAGUCGUGUUAAACGGUUAAAGACUUGUUUUCGAAAACAUUUUUGCAAAACCGAUUCAAACCGAUUCAAUCGAAGCGAAAGAAACAGCGAAAUUAUAGUGUACUGCGUGUCCUAGGAAGUUUCUGUAAUAUAUUCUUGUUUCCGGGACAAUUCGCAAGGAUUAAUUGAUCGACCGCGCGACAAAAACGGCGAAAUCGGGUUCUUAACCCCGGAGAUAUUUGUAUCGUUUCCGUUUCAUCAAGUCGAGAAAUUUGACAACAGUAUUGAAGGUGUCUCGUGUCAAUUGCGAGAGUACGACAAGUCUCUUUUGACAUCCUUUUCGGAUAUUAUUGUACAAAGAUAUCUGACGUCCGGCGUGAUUUAUCUUUCAUCAAUUGCUUUCGGAAACUCGACACGUUAAAUAUACGUAUAAAAAGAAGCGACACGCUUGAAACGAAACACGUCAAAUUAUUAUUAUUGCGCGAGCGUUCCGCUAAAACGAAAUGUCAACAAAUAAACGAAGGAACUCCAAUCAUGUCACGACGCAUUAAACAGAAUGCAACGAUUGAACAGAGUGUGUUUUUUAGAAAAUUGCGGAGAAUUAAUUAAACGGCAACGUUUCAGCUGUUUUCUCUUCUCUGAUAAGAGUAACAACAUUUGCAAAUUUUUCAUUGACAACGAAAAUUAUUAUACAGACGGAGUUAAUUUAUCGGUGAUGAGUAAUAGAGUUCGCAAGAAGUAAUUUAUCUUUCUUGUUUCUUAUUUCUGUAAGAAAAUGUGUCGCGCCUUUACCCGGAGAAGAAAGUGAAAAUGUGUUUUUCGAAAGCAACGAAAACUCGGAACAGAGCAAGGGAACAAUGUGAAAUAAAUUAUAAAGAUCAACGAACAUGAUUUGCGUAAUUGGUCGACGAUUGUCUCUGUAAUAUUUUUACAGCAAUAAUACUCGGAAUCGUAUUUUUUUUGAGGAUUGUGUCAGUUCGAGUGCAAUGUAUCUUCUGUUAAAAGAACGAAAAUGUCAGCUAUCUUUAUUACAUUUUUUCUUCGAAUAAUUCCGAAAGAGGAACGAAUUUAUUAUAGUUGGUCUAAUAUAUCAGAAAAAAAAAAAAAAAUGUUGAAGUUCUACUACGAAAAUUGUACAGGAAAAUAUGAACAUAGAAAUAGUAAUUCUUAUAAAUUAGGUAAGACAAUACUCUUAUUCGGAAGGAGAAUUCGUUUUACAUUAACUGAGCGUAUCGUUUGAUCAGUACACGUCUCGUUCAUUCCAUCGUUUAUUGUCAAAGUAUGACACGACGAUAAAAAUAUUGAGUAAUAUAAUGUGACAUCCACCAUAUUAUAUGUGCAUAUUAUUAUACUAGAGAUAUAUAAAAAGUGAAGAAGAAGAAGACGAAGAAGAAGAAAAAGAUGAUUAAAUCUGAGAAGGAUGACGGGAAUGUACAUUCUAUGUUACUAGAGUACAAAUUGUUGAGAGUGAAUUGUGGAAAGUAUUCAUCCUGUUCGACUAAUGAGAAACGGCGUCGUUGAGAGAUGUAUCCAAUAUAGGUAUUAAUAUAAUGUCUAAAAAACAGAGCGAUGCAAAUAUAUAUGAUUAUAUUUUAUCAA